GAUCUUCAUGUGACAGUUGGUUGGCAACGGUUGGCAACAGCCCUUCCCAGUGUGUAGUGUCCAGCCCCUGAGGUUAGCAACAGAGAACACGAUUGGACAGAAGGAUUGGAAGAAGGAGAGAACCAAACAACCUUCUGUAGCGUGACAAUAGAGUAGAGUGAACCUCGACUCACUUCUUAAUUUGCUCUGUGGUUGGUAGUGGCACCAUUUCUGGGCAAAGGCUAUAGAAACAGGAAGUUGUUACUGGUGGUUGGGCCUGCUAAUCAUCAAACGGACGGUUCCUGGUGGAGGCCCAGAGUCUGCACGUGUAGCGAUGUGUGCAGAGAGGAAGAGGCCCUUUACCUGCUACCUGACUCAGACUCUGGCUGUGACCUUCAACUUGCCCCCGGCCCCACCAUGUUGAACAAUGCCUCACUGGUCUACAUCGUCCUGGAGCUGGUGAUCGCCUGCCUGGCCGUGACUGGUAAUGUGCUGGUCUGCUGGGCCGUGUGCCUCAACAGCACCUUGCAGAGCAUUACGAACUACUUUGUGGUGUCCCUGGCAGUGGCAGACAUCGCUGUGGGCUUGCUGGCCAUCCCCUUCGCCAUCACUAUCAGCACAGGCUUCUGCGCCAACUUCCAUGGCUGCCUGUUCAUUGCCUGCUUCGUGCUGGUGCUCACUCAGAGCUCCAUCUUCAGCCUGCUGGCCAUCGCUGUGGACCGCUACAUUGCCAUCAAGAGACCUCUCAGGUAUAACAGUCUUGUGACGGCCGGGAGGGCGAAGAGCAUCAUCGCAGUGUGCUGGGUUCUCUCUGUGGGUAUCGGCCUCACGCCCAUGCUGGGCUGGAACAGGGGUGUCAAUGCUACCAACAGCAGCUCAUGCCCCGAGGGCAUGACAGAGUGCCUGUUUGAGGGUGUGGUGACCAUGCACUACAUGGUCUACUUCAACUUCUUUGGCUGUGUGCUGGUGCCUCUGCUGGUCAUGCUGGCCAUCUAUGCCCGCAUCUUCAUGGCGGCUCGUCGCCAACUGAGGCUGAUGGACCUGAAGCUGGCUCACAUGCACACCCACGGGACAAGUUCGUCGUCCACAUCUUCCCGCUCCACCCUGCAGAAGGAGGUCCACGCGGCCAAGUCUCUGGCCAUUAUCAUGGGGCUGUUUGCCUUCUGCUGGCUGCCCCUGCACAUCAUCAACUGCUUCAACCUGUUCUGCCAGGACUGUGGGCGCCCACACAUAUGGGUGAUGAACAUUGCCAUCAUCCUGUCCCACGCCAACUCCGUGGUCAACCCCUUCAUCUACGCAUACCGCAUCCGGGAGUUCCGCCACACCUUCCGCAGGAUCCUGCGCCAGCACGUGCUGGGACACCAGGAGGGGAAUGGGGGUGACAGAGGGGUGGGCGGCAACAUUAGUGUCAUGCGCACCACCACUCGCAUCAACAUGGUGGAUGGAUCAUGUGGCACCAUGGUGAACAGUUAUGCCCUGGAGCCCAGCCCCAAACUCAGCCCCACUAGGACUCCCAUAGGGACCCAUAGAGCUGAGAAAGAGGCUUCCUCUACCUUCUGUCAGUGGUCGCCACCACGGUCAGACCCUGCACCAAUCAGCUACAUCCAAAAUGGAUACCACAGUGGGGAUGCCCCACUGUCGCUUAGUGCGGUUCAAAGUGGGGCUGAGACUAAGAACCUUGGGGGAACAACAGAGGUGAUGGAGGUGACAGUGGAAACAUCUAAUUUGUGCACGUCAGGCCUCUGUCCCCCUCACAAACCAGCUCUAACCACUCAGUAGAACUCAUUGAGGUGUCAUGAUAUAGUUAUCCCCGUGAUGGACAAGUUACUGAUACCCCAACGUACAUCAUCAACUACAAGGGGGAGAAGUGAGGGACCAAACUUAAAGCAUGUUCCCUACGCCUGUAAAAAUUGACCUAAAUCUUGGAAAUGCUUGCACUGAGAAGAAAUAGCAUUUCUUUCUUUAGGAGGGAGACUCCUUAGCCUGGAAAGGAAACAACAAACUGGUAUUAAAUUACUUCCAGCCAUUAAACUUUUUUCUUUCUUCAAAUGAUUGUAUUUGUUGAUCACAAAGCUGUUAUUUGAGGACAUAUUUUGUAUACGUCACCUCUAAGGCUUUUUACAGUAGGCUAAUAGUCUUUCUAAAUUUAAAGAUUGAUCACAUUAUAAAUGAAUGGACUGGUCUAACCUGUUGUAUGCUGACAGAUUAUGUUACAGACAGACCAAAACCAUCAUGACCCUAACGACUGCGCAACACUUAAUGAUACAAUAUGCAGUAUUGCUGGUCAACCAUUAUGCAGUUAAUGAAACUACUGUAUGUCAGUGUGAAGCUUCUGAAAUGUAUUCUCUUCCUUUUGUAAUGCAGUAUUUCAAUUUUGUCAUAUUCUGUUUUCAAAAGCUGGUCCCUUGUGUUUAAUGUCAGAUUAUUAAAAGUCUUAAAUAAG